AUGGCGGCGCUGGAGCAGGUCCCACUGCCAAGGAGUUGCCAGGGCUCCUCAAUGCUACCCCUGCCCCAGGCCAACAGGACCCUUCUGGUCCGGCACUUGCCCGCUGAGCUGACAGUGGAGGAGAAGGAGCACCUCCUGAAGCACUUUGGAGCCCAGGCCAUUCGGGUCCUGUCAGACAAGGGCCGCUUGAAACACACUGCUUUCGCAACUUUCCCAAGUGAAAAAGCAGCGAUAAAGGCACUGUCAAGACUUCAUCAACUAAAGGUUUUAAAUCACACUUUAGUUGUUGAAUUUGCAAAAGAACAAGACCAAGCUUCCUCCCUCUGCCAGACUUGGUAUUCAGAGAGAGAGAAACGGUCUGAUGAACCUGUGAAGGAAGAUAAAGAAAAACGAGAGCCAAGUUGUUGGACCAUAGAAAACGGAAUCGCACCAAGUCAUGGGCUAACUUUUCCUUUAAAUCCCUGCCUCAAAUACCUGUAUCCACCACCUUCCAGCACAAUACUAGCCAACAUAGCAAGUGCCUUGGCAAGUGUGCCUAAGUUCUAUGUGCAAGUGCUUCAUCUUAUGAAUAAAAUGAACUUACCCCCACCCUUUGGACCAAUGGCUGCCCUACCACCCAUGUAUGAAGAGGACUUGCCAGCGUAUGUGCCUCUUCCUCCUGAAACUCCUUUGCCACCUGAAGAGCCUUCUUUUCCAGAAGAAGGUAAAGGAUCUAGUGGAGAAGAAUCUGAAUAUGAAAGCAGUGAUGAUGAAGCCCGAGAGAGGAUGACAAAAUUGAUGGAGUUAGCUAAUUUUCAACCCCAGAGACCAGCAACUGCAAAGCAACACCCUCCAAGGAAAAGGCAAAAGAUAAAGGACAUGCUAAAUAUGCCUGCAUCUACUUCCCAUGGUAAUUCACACCCUGUGCUAUUGCCUUCAGAUGUGUUUGAUCAGCCUCAACCUGUAGCACAUAGAAAAAUAGGAUUCAACAUAUCUUCUGGGAUGCCUGCUGUAUUUGGAAAAGAUUUAGAGGGAGAACAAAAGAGUGACCUACCUGCUAAUGAAGGAUUUGGAAAGAUGUUUCCAGCUCCCAUUUUGAAUGACAAAGAGCAGAUUCAAGAAGACUCAGAUGAGAUACCAGCAAAAAUUAUCUCUAGAAAAGAGUUGGAAAAAGGCAGGAUUUCUAAAGAAGAAAUGGAAACACUUUCAGUUUUCAAAAAUUAUGAACCAGGAGAUCCAAACUGUAGGAUUUAUGUAAAGAACUUAGCAAAGCAAGUUGAAGAGAAUGAUCUUAAGUUUAUUUUUGGAAGAUAUGUUGACUUUUCAUCACAAACAGAACGAAUCAUGUUUGACAUCCGGCUGAUGAAAGAAGGGCGAAUGAAAGGCCAAGCUUUCAUUGGAUUUCCAGAUGAAAAGGCUGCAACUAAAGCUUUAAAAGAAACUAAUGGAUAUGUACUUUUUGGAAAACCCAUGGUGGUACAAUUUGCUCGAUCUGCUAGACCAAAACAAGAUCCUAACGAUGGAAAAAGGAAAAGAUAG